GGGGUCGUGGUGUUGCCUGGUUGACGACAUGAGAGGGUCACUUGCACUGACUCCCUCAAUGUAGCAGCAGUCAAGCCGGAGGUAACACGGUCUCUUGCGGCCACCACCACCACCUUCUGCUGUACUAGAGGUGUGUGUGUGUCCUGGACCCUUGGUAGACGAUUGCAAGUACGUAUUGUGUCCAGACUUCUGGGUGACAGGUGACAGACAUGACAGGUGAGAAGAUUCAUCCGCUCUUUCGCUUCCUCCUCCUGAUGAUAACAUCAUCAAUGGUGGGGACUGCCUUCACCACUGCUCCACCACUACCACCAUCAUCACCAUCACCAUCAGCAUCACCACAACCACACAUCAUACUCAUUGUGGCUGAUGAUCUUGGAUGGAACGACGUGUCGUGGCACAACAGCCAGGUGGUGACGCCUCACAUGGAAGCUUUAGCGAGAAGCGGCGUCUUGCUGGAGCAGUCGUACGUCCAGCCGAUCUGUACACCCACAAGGUCUGCUCUCCUGACCGGCCGCUACCCCUUCACCCUUGGUAGACAGAACGGUGUCCUCUGGCCAAUGGAGCCGACGGGACUAGACCUCAACGCCACACUCCUGCCACAGUCCCUGAAGGAUGCUGGCUACUCCACUCACGUCGUUGGCAAGUGGCAUCUUGGCUACUGUUCGUGGGCGUACACCCCGACCGAGCGAGGGUUUGACACCUUCUUUGGCUACUACACCGGCGCCGAGCACUACUACAGCCACGUCCGCCCUCCCGUUCGCCACCGCUCCAAUGACUUCUGGACAUCCGCAGCUGCUGACGAGAGUGUUAAAAUUGGCUACGACUUCAGGAACAACACCCAGCCAGACCUGGACGCCUCCGGCACCUAUUCCACGUACCUCUUCGCGUCCUACAUUGAGGAGUUACUGGAGUCCAGGGAUCCUCAAGACCCUAUGUUCCUCUACCUACCCUUCCAGAGCGUCCACUCCCCAAAUGAGGUUCCAGAUAACUACACUAAACCGUACAACCACAUUCAUCACAGGGAUCGCAGGAUAAAACUUGGUAUGGUGACGGCCAUGGACGAAGCUGUGGGCAGGGUGGUGAAGGCACUCAAGGCUACACGUCACUACAACAACUCUAUCAUCGUCUUCACUACUGACAAUGGUGGACCAACAGUGACCUCGGGCAACAACUGGCCGCUGAGAGGGAACAAAUCAACACUCUGGGAGGGCGGCACCAGGGGCGCUGCCUUCGUCCACUCCCCCCUCCUCCCUAACCCAGGCACAGUCUCUCACCAUAGGUUGGUACACGUAACGGACUGGUACAAGACGUUGGUGGGCGUGGCUGGGGGUGUUGUUCCCGAGGACACUGACGGUGUAGACCAAUGGGCGGCCAUCACAGGCUCCUCUCCCUCACCCAGAACAAACAUGAUCUACAACAUCGACAACACCACACACUUCGUGGCUGGGCUCAGAAUUGGUGACUACAAGCUGCUGGUGGGAAACCCUGGACCUGGGGAAUGGACACCACCCCCAGAGUUCACCUCCACUACCCACAACCCCCGCACGGCUAGUACCUACAACUCCCAGAAUGCUAGUACUCACAAUCCCCACAUGGCUUGUACCCACAGCCCCCACACGGCUAGUACCCACAAACCCCACACGGCUAGUACCCACAAACCCCACACGGCUAGUACCCCCAAACCCUACACGGCUAGUACCCACAACCCCCAUACGGCUAGUACCUACAACUCCCAGACUGCUAGUACCCACAACCCCCACACGGUUAGUACCCACAACCCCCACACCACCAAACACAUCAGCUCUCAUCAAGGUUUAUCAACAGACCGCCCACCUGUAGUAUCAUCCACUUCACUGCCACAGGUGAUACAGUCUGGCUCUAGUCGUUCAGAUACACGACCCUACAACGUCAGACAGCCUGAAUAUUCCCAGUCAGGUGAAAGUUCAGGUAGCGUUGGCUCCAAGGAUACCGACAUUAUCCCCCCUCUUCCAGACGAGUCUCUCCCUCAUAGCUCUGGCCAUGGUAGGGAAGCCAACUCCAUAAUGUUUCUAUACAAAACUGCUGUUACUGAAAACAUCGACUUGCCAAAAAGUUUCCUACACGUGAGGAAGAGUAAUAGCGGAGGUCCAUAUGUGGUGGAGGUUGACAUGACAAAACCUGACUCAGGGUAUAAGGAAUCCACUCAUAGAGACGAGGAAACUGUUUCAGAGAAGGAAAACAUCAGCUCCAAAAUUUCGAACUAUACAGAUGAAGACGAAAAAACCAAUGGUACCUCAGAAGCGUAUGGUUCCGGCCAGAGUGAAGGAGAGAGGAGGCAGAUGACGACCCAGCAGCUGCUACACCUCCUCAACACCGACAUGCAACAGAUCAGACUCUACAACAUCACAGAGGACCCCGAGGAGCGAGUCAACCUGGCGGCGACGCAGGAGGCGGUAGUGAGGCAGAUGCUGCAGGUCAUUUUGCAUCAGAUGUCCCGCUAUGUCCCUGCAGACAUCAAACCCAACGACCCCUCUGCCAACCCCAUCUUCUGGGGCAACAUUUGGAGCCCAGGAUGGUGUCAGCCCCAGAGUGCCUCACCGUAGUAAAAAAAAAUAUUGAUAACUUCAUGUCAACUCUGGGGCGGAUCCAGGGGGCGGGGG